CUUUCCAAACAGAAAAUAUUUUGAGAGCUUUUAGUCGGAUUGAAACAGUAUCCUUACUAAGGAAAUCAUCAUCAUCAUCCUCCCCUUUGGAGAAUGGGAACCGUUAUUGACUCCCAUUUCUUGGUCCUCACUGCCAUUGUUACUGUGGGAUAUCAAUUUUUUUUCUUUGUAAUCACUGCUCUUCUCAAAUUUGAUAAAGUCACUGACUUUGCUGGAAGCACGAAUUUCAUAAUACUUGCUGUGUUGACCUUUGUACUAAAAGCAUCAUGGUUUUUUCGACAGGUGGUCUUGACUUUGCUGGUAGUGAUAUGGGGCAUUCGCCUGGCACUGUUUCUAUUGUUGAGGAUCCUGCACUGGGGAGAGGAUCGCCGUUUUGAUGAAAUGCGUAAUAAUUUGGGAAAAUUAGCUAUCUUCUGGAUAUUUCAGGCUGUUUGGGUGUGGACUGUGAGUUUACCUGUGACAGUAGUUAAUGCAAGUGACAGAGAUCUAUCUCUUCAAGAUGCAGAUAUCAUAGGUUGGAUCAUGUGGGCUGUUGGUAUUGCAGUUGAAGCUACGGCUGAUCAGCAAAAACUUUUAUUCAAGAACUCUCCUGAAAACAGAGGAAAAUGGUGCACUAUUGGAUUAUGGAAAUAUUCCCGUCAUCCAAAUUAUUUUGGGGAGAUUUUACUUUGGUGGGGAAUUUUUGUUGCCUCUUCUCCUGUACUGGAAGGUGCUGAAUGGCUCGUAAUCGUGGGGCCAAUCUUUCUGACAUUGUUGCUUCUCUUUGUUAGUGGCAUUCCAUUACUCGAGGAGUCAGCAGACAAGAAGUUCGGUAAUGUGGGUCCAUAUAGGGUAUACAAGAAGACAACUAGCCCUCUUAUUCCACUGCCACCAGCGGUAUACAGGAACUUGCCCUUGUGGUUCAAAGCAACUCUACUCUUUGAAUUUCCUUUCUACAGUCGUAACCUUCCACAAGAAGAGCCAAACUGGUGUAGAACAAGCCAGGAAGAGAACAAAGACGGAUUGAAGAUUCGCUAGCUCCCAAUAAAUUUACCGUGUUCAUUAACAUUUUAUACCCUGGUGUGUGAUCACUGGAAAUUGAAUCUUGAAAUGCUGAUACCUUCACACGAUGGCAAGUAGGGUCUUGUUCUACUAAUCUUGGAAUGCCUUGCAUGGGCGUCCAUUUCCUGUUGUCAUCUUCUUAAAAAUACAUCUAAAACUUUAACUUUGACAAUUGUGUUCGGACCCGUGUGAAAGUUUAAUUGAAAGUUUACUAGGAUGUGCAGUUCAAAAACCUUUUUUUCCCUGGUGAUGCUGCUGUUAAU